AAUAAGCGAGGAAAGCUAUCAAAAUCAAACUUUGAUUGGAACCCUAAUUGGCGAAAUCGGUUGAUCUGUCUAUCUAUCUAUAGAAUCAAAUCAAUCAAAGUGAAACUUAAUUGGAACCCUAAUUGGCAGCAAUCAAAGUCAAAAAUUGGAACCCUAGUUGGCGAAAUCGGUUGAUCUGUGGAAGCAAAGCAAAGGAAGAUGGUUCUAGCGCAAUUAGGAGGGAGCAUUUCGCGUGCUCUCCAGAAUAUGAGCAAUUCAACGGUGAUCGAGGAGGCAGUCUUCCAUGAUUGUCUCAACGAGAUCAAUCGAGCUCUCCUUCAAGCCGAUGUUCAAUUCGAGCUCAUUCGAAACAUGCACGCCAAUAUUAAGAACAUCGUCAAUCUGGAUGGUCUCGCUGCCGGUCACAGCAAACGCAAGAUCAUCCAACAAGCUGUGUUUGACGAACUCUGUAAAAUGUUGGAUCCUACUACCGGAAUUAAGUCUUCUUCUUUCUUCUUUCCCAAGAAAGGAAAAACAAGUGUUGUCAUGUUUGUUGGUUUACAAGGUUCUGGGAAGACUACAACUUGUACAAAAUAUGCGCAUUAUUAUCAGAAGAAAGGAUUGAAGCCAGGUUUAGUGUGUGCAGAUACAUUUAGAGCUGGUGCAUUUGAUCAAUUGAAGCAAAAUGCCACUAAAGCUAAAAUUCCUUUUUAUGGAAGCUAUAUGGAGUCAGAUCCUGUCAAAAUUGUUGUGGAAGGUGUGGAGAGAUUCAAGGAAGAAAACUGCGAUCUUAUAAUUCUUGAUACCAGUGGGCGGCACAAACAAGAAGCUGCCCUAUUUGAAGAAAUGUGUCAACUUUCAGAAGCAACGAAACCCGAUCUUGUUAUAUUUGUUAUGGAUAGCAGUAUUGGUCAGGCUGCUUUUGGUCAGGCGCAAGCAUUCAAACAGAGUGUUGCUGUCUGAGCUGUAAUUAUCACCAAAAUGG